CUGGAGAUACACUAUACCGUCCGGGAGGAUUUUAUUCUCAUUUCCCGGCCAACAUGGAUUUUCUCAAUCACAACUACUUGAGCGCCAGGGGCCCCUACGACUACACGUUUAAUUUCUGGAACGACUACCUAGGUUUGACCACGCUGGUCACCAAGAAUCCCAGACUUAGCAUGCCCCACAUGAGCCCCAACUCCAUCACCGAGUCCCUGAAGGCCACGCUGGGUCUUGACGACGCGCCCGAGUGCGCCUGCGCUUGCGAGGGGGGCGCGUUGGAGAGCAGCGGCUGCUGCUGCUGCUUCGGCUGCCCGCCCGGCACGCCCCCACCGCCUGGCUGCGUGGCCGAGCUCAAGGAGCGCUUCUCCAUCCUCAGCCCUUUCCAGAGCCAGGUUCCUGAACGGGAGACGCACGGCUGCUUCCCUGGAUUUGACCGCAUGAGGGCCCGCGGCAAGCCUGCGUCCGCAAGAGCCAAGCUGGAGCCCAAAAUCUGCGUCUUCUGCCGGAACAACGGCGCCCCCGAGGAAGUGUACGGUUCGCACGUCCUGAAGACUCCCGACGGCCGGGUGGUGUGCCCUAUCUUGCGGGCGUACACCUGCCCGCUGUGCAGCGCCAAUGGGGACAACGCGCACACCAUUAAAUACUGCCCGCUGUCCAAGGAGCAGCCCCCGCAGAGGCCACUAAAGGGCGGCCGGGCUGUGGGGGGUAAGCGGGUGAAAAUAUUCUAGAAAUAUCAUCAUCAAAAUAAUAACAAUAUAGAGAAAAUGACUUUCAAGUACGAUGAGGAAUUGCACUGACAACGAUUUGCAGAUGCCUGUUGCUUUUAUGUUGACUUUUAUCCCAUACACAUGUUGACUAUUCGUGCAGGGGUGUCCAGAAGAUUCAUCAUAUUUAGACCAAUUCAGUGGAGGCCGAAAUAUCCUAUAAGCGGUUAUAUACUUUCUACUAAAAAGUGAAAAAAAUAACUUUAAGUUUUGUCUUAGAGGUCACAAAGCAAAUAUACAUUAUAUUCCUUUAAAAAAAAAAGAAAAAAACAUAUUAGUGUGGUUCUUAAUUUCAUUUGUCUAUUUUCGUGCUUAGACAAUGUCAUUUUUUAUUUUUGUGUUAAUUCUAAUCCUUACAGAUUUUCUUAUUUUUCUAAGUAUUUUCUAUACUUUUUUUUUUUCUUUAUGGGUGGCACUAAAUCUUAAUUUUUAUUCUUAGACCGUUUUCAUUCAUGUACUAAUUCAUUUUGGAGUGAGCUCCUAACCUAUUUUGUAAAGCUAUUUUUUAACCAUGUACAAUUCUCUCUCUUUUUCUCUCUCUCAUUAUAUUUUUAUUACAUUUCCUUACAAUAAGUUGAUAUAAAACAAAUCUCUGCCCGCAAAAUAGCUCCCCCUACCGCACUUUGGACACCCUCUCAAUGUACCUAUAUCUAUUUUUCUAGUUACUUUAUCUACUCAUAGACUUUGUACAUUAAUUUGGUGUUUUCUUUCCUUUUUAGCUACUGGCAAGAUAAUGUACGUGUAUAUAAAUACUGUACACGAAUGUACAGAAAUCAUACAGCAAGAUGGACAAAAAAAAUGAGUAUUUUGGUCAGUGGGAACUUGAAUGUCAUGUUUCUAUACUGAGUAUUUUUGUAUAACUGGCAGCAAAGCUGACCUAUUUUGUUGUUGUCGUUUAGAAAACCAAAGUUUUGUUGGCCAUUAAAAACCCUCCUGUUAUGUUGCGGGUCAAAUUGAUCCAGAUGAAACUUGAUUAAUGUUUAAUUUUACAUGUUUGCAAUGAGAUGGUAUAGUAUCAGAGUCAUUAAAAAAUGUCGUUUUUCCUCUUUUCGGCACAUUGGGUUCAUGACGUCAUUGGUUGCCAUUGACAGCGAUGAAUGUCCAAUCUGUGGAAACUGUAAAUUUGAAUGAGUUUACCACUAGUAGAUGUCCAAUCCAUUUCAAGGUGGUAAGAAUAUUCGUUCAUUCGCUGCCAACUCUCCAUUUUCAAAUGGAUUGGACAUCUAGAGCCGUCAGUGGCAGCUAAUGAUUUAACCACAGCCCUCGGUCAAAUGUAUUCAUCUUCUCAGAUUGAUGAAAAAAUGUCAAUUUUGGACAUACCCGGGUCAAACUGACCCAUACCAAAAGGUGUUGUUGACUUCAGCGUCAUGUAUUUGUAACAAAAUAGUCAGUCACGGAGUUAUUAAUGACAAUGACAAUGUCUAUUGGGCUUUUCUUCUCCUGUUUUAAAGAGUAUUUUAUUAUAACCUCCUCCUUCCCCACUUGGUCAAACUGACCUAUAUGAAAUUUCUUAUGUUAUCAUGUUAACUGCUAGCUAAGCUCAUAAAUUUGCAAUCAAAUUGUUUGUUAAUUGAGUUAAGCAAUGUUUUUUAGAUUGUUAACCGUGACCUGGGUCAACAUGACCCAAAUUAAGCCUCUUGAAGGAAACAGUUCAUUUCACAUAUUUGCAACAAAUUUGUUAUAGAGUUAAUGCUGUUUAUUAGGAUUUCUUUUUAUUCCUGAAUCUGAACAGCCAAAAUAACAUUCAUCUAUUUCCAUUGAAAUGCUUCACAAUGACAAUGUUCAUUUGUAUGUUUUUGACAGUUUUGGCUCAUUCAAUGAAACACAGUCGGGUCAAAUUGACCCAAAGAUAUUUUAGCUGUUCUCGAGAAAACGAAGGUAACAGGAGGGUUUAACAAAAGAAUGUGUCCAGUCAGGAAUCGUUUGAUCCCACAAAGUUGAGAGUGAAUCCACAAAGGCGGGCUACAAUGCGGCCUCUGUUUAAGGGAGCUGCUGUUCAUUUCCUCCCAGGAAUGUUUUUCUGCCCCAACUUUUUUUUUUUUCCCUCUUCAAGCCAAACGCCUUCAUUUUUGUUUACAAUGCCAAAUAAGGGCGUCGACACACUGGAUUUAACGCUUCUUCCCACUCGGAGACAAGCAAAUGAAUGUCUACCACACGCCCGUUUUACUGAGGAAUUCCCAAAUAACACGAGUCGUCAUGCAAAACUGUUACGAAUGUAUGCAGGACUGCGAUUGUCUUGACAGUUUACCAAAGGAAUCAACUGGCUGGCAUAUGUGUUUGUGUGUGUGCGUGCUUGUGUGUGAUGUCACUAUUUAAACAAAAAGUGACCACAAGAGGGCGCUACCUCAACCUGAUUUUUGUACUUUAAAGGAAAAAAAAACAAGUAUAAGGCAGUUUAUUGAUAGAGUGCCAUUUAUAAUGAGGGUUUUUGAUAGUAUUUUGGAUCUUUGUAUAACAUAAUUGUAUUUCUGUUGCAUUUAACACAAUUUGGGGGGAGGGAAAGCAUUACCAAGCACGUUGUUGUGUAAAUACUAAUGACCAUGAGUGUACUUUUUAGGCAAAUAUACUUUGUUGUUGUUGUUGAUGUUGUUUGGAUCAAAUGAAGACGCGAUGACGAUGAUGAUGAAAACACUGUUGUUAUUUAUAUUUGACUACAAUUUGUCUGGGCUGUAUGCUGCUGUGCAGAAUAACAAACAUAUGAACUCACUAGAGAAAUAAUAAACUCUUAUGGAAUAUUUGUCUUUUUA